AUGCUCGCUCCCACCUCGCUCGUCCCCACAUUGCUGGCUGCGCUAUCGCUGUCCCCGCAAUGGUCGAGCGCCAACCCUAUCCUGGCCGCCGACGACUCCGGUCUUGACGAGUACCAGAACGCCACUCUCGUCGAGCGCUCCUGCGCACACCCUUGCGGUUGGUCGGGACAGCUCUGCUGCGAAAGCGCUGCGGCUUGCUACACCGACUCUUCCGAGCAGGCGCAAUGUAGCGCGACAGCUGCCGGCUCCGGCUCCUGGUCGUACUACACGAGCACUUUCGUCGAGACGGACAAGGUGACCAGGACCGAAAUCUACAGCAGCUACCUCGGCGGCGCGACUGUGUCAGCCCAAGCGACCGGAAGUUCCAUCUCAUGCAGCACAGGAAGCGGCGAGACUGCUUGCGGCAGCAUCUGCUGUACCUCGCAGCAGUACUGCCAGCUCGACGGGCAAUGCGCCGCAAUUGGCGUGUCCGAAUCACCUGGAGCAACCGCCACGGGUACGGGUGCCUCAUAUUCCGCGCCGGUGCGACCGACGUCGGGGACGCUGAUUACCAUCACAGCCACCGCCGCCGCAACCACGACCGUCCCGUUCGAGACGCCUGUUGCAACCGGCGCCACUGCGCCCGUGACUGCCGGUGAGAGCAGCGGCGGUAGCGGUCUCAGUGGAGGCGCCAUUGCAGGCAUCGUCAUCGGCACCCUGGCCGGUAUCCUCCUGCUUGCACUUCUCUGCCUCUUCUGCUGUGCCAAAGCUGCAUUUGACGGCAUCCUCGCAAUCUUCGGCCUCGGCGGCAAGAAGAAGCGUCGUUCGACGGAAUACGUCGAGGAGUAUCACCGUCACAGCCACGGCGGCGGCAGCCGCCAUUCAGGCUGGUACGGUGACCGUCCCGCCAGGCCUCCACCACCGAAGAAGAGUGGAUUUGGCAUGGGCGGCCUUCUCGCUGGUCUCGCUGGCGCAGGGGCUCUUCUUGGUCUCAGUAAGAAGAGGCGCGAGACGCGGUACGACGACGACAAGACCACGACAACCGAUGUCAGCAGCUACUAUUACAGUGACUACACAAGUUCAAGCAGCGCCAGUUCAGACGACAGGAGGACGAGAACCACCCGCUAUACCCAUUCGCACCGCUAG